AUGCGAGUAACAUUAUUAACAGUGGCGAUAGCCCUUUUGGGCGCAGCCCUCGGAGACGAAGUACCAACAGAAGACAAUGUUCUAGUUCUUAGCAAAGCUAACUUCGAAAAUGUUAUUUCCAAUAACGACUUCAUUUUGGUAGAGUUCUAUGCUCCAUGGUGCGGUCAUUGUAAAUCAUUGGCGCCGGAAUAUGCUAAGGCUGCCACGACGUUGAACGAAGAGGAAUCGCCUAUCAAACUCGCUAAAGUUGAUGCCACACAAGAGCAGGAACUCGCCGAAAGCUAUGGUGUAAGGGGAUACCCAACAUUGAAGUUCUUUAAAAAAGGCAGCCCUAUUGAUUACACAGGUGGAAGGCAAGCUGAUGAUAUUAUUGCAUGGCUUAAGAAGAAAACUGGACCACCAGCCACAGAGAUCACAUCUGCAGAGCAAGCUAAGGAAUUGAUUGCUGCCAACAACGUUGCCAUCUUUGGUUUCUUCCCUGACCAGGCAACUGAUAAGGCAAAGGCUUUCCUUAAUGUUGCUGGGCUUGUUGACGAUCAAGUAUUUGCCCUGGUUUCUGACGAGAAGGUCAUUGAAGAGCUUGAAGCGCAACCUGAAGAUGUUAUCUUAUUUAAAAACUUUGAGGAGCCACGUGUCAAGUAUGAAGGUGAAGCAUUCGAUGAAGACCUCUUUAAAACAUGGGUCUUUGUGCAAAGCAUGCCCGUUAUUGUGGAAUUCUCCCAUGAGACAGCAUCCAAGAUCUUCGGUGGACAAAUCAAAUACCACUUGCUUCUUUUCUUCUCCAAGAAAAACGGCGACUUCGAAAAGUACCUUGACGAGUUGAAGCCUGUCGCUAAAAACUACCGCGACAGGAUCAUGGCCGUAGCUAUUGACACGGACGAGGACGAUCACCAAAGGAUUCUGGAGUUCUUCGGCAUGAAGAAGGACGAAGUGCCGUCAGCUCGCCUCAUUGCCCUGGAACAGGACAUGGCCAAAUACAAGCCAACGAGCUCUGAACUCAGCGCCAACGCCAUUGAGGAGUUCGUGCAGUCUUUCUUCGCGGGAACGCUGAAACAGCACCUGCUCAGCGAGGACCUGCCCGCCGACUGGGCCGCCAAGCCGGUGAAGGUGCUGGUCGCGACCAACUUCGACGAGGUGGUGUUCGACAGCAACAAGAAGGUGCUAGUCGAGUUCUACGCCCCGUGGUGCGGUCAUUGCAAGCAGCUAGUGCCAAUCUAUGACAAGCUGGGAGAACACUUUGCCAACGACGAAGAUGUCGUCAUCGCCAAAAUGGAUGCCACCGCCAAUGAGCUGGAACACACAAAGAUUACCUCAUUCCCGACCAUCAAACUGUACACUAAGGACAACCAGGUUCGCGAGUACAAUGGCGAAAGAACGCUGGCCGGUCUCACCAAGUUCGUAGAGACCAAUGGUGAGGGAGCAGAGCCAGUACCCAGUGUAAGCGAAGACGACGAAGAUGACGAGGCACCUGCCCGCGAUGAGUUA